AUGAUGACUCUACGUCCCCAAAUCCUGGCUGUAUAUGAACAAAAUAGAUUACUAAGAGCAGAUUCCCCAAAGGAAGGGGUAACCAUUCUAGGAAAAGAGAAAUUUAACCAUGAAGCUUCUCGUCAGAGCUUUAGAUGUUUUCCAUACCCAGAGAAAGCUGGACCCCGUGAGGCUGCAAGUCAGCUUUGGAAACUCUGCCUUCACUGGCUGAGGCCAGAGAUUCACACAAAGGAGCAGAUCCUGGAGCUCCUGGUGCUGGAGCAAUUCCUGACCAUCUUGCCCAGUGAGAUCAGGAUUUGGGUGAAGUCACAGCAUCCAGAGAAUAUUGAAGAGGUGGUCACUAUGGUGGAGGAUUUGACCCAAAUGCUUGAGGAAGAAGCUCUAUGUUCUCAGGAUUCUGUCCUUCCCCAAGAGGGAGACAGAGAAAGAGAAGGAAUGCUGACUGUAAUCCCAAUAAACAGAUCUCAGGAAUCGGUGACAUUCAAGGAUGUGGCUCCAGAUUUUACCUGGGAAGAGUGGACACAAUUGAGUCCUGUUGAACAGGCCCUCUGCAGGGAAGUGCUACUGGAAACUUACAGGAAUCUAGUUUUUCUUGGUCUAUCAACAACCUCCAAACCAGAUGUUAUCUCUCAGUUAGAGGAUGGAAAAGUACCGGGGAUGCUGGAUAGUGAAACCCCAAAAGGCACCUGUUCAUGUGAGUGA